AUGUUUCGCAUGGGGGAGGCGUCAAUCCUUGACAACACUGCUGCGCCACCCAGCGGCGAACCAAAGAGUGUGGAAGCGAGGCAGACCACGGCGCAGAGUGGGGAGAACGAAGAAGAUGAAAGGGGCGCCGAAGAGGUGCACGUCCGGAGCGGCGGCGAGGGUGGGCCGGUCAUUCUGGUGACGCAUCGUGCCAACAACAUCCUCCCGGGCAAGGCAAGCAGCAACGGAUUGACACACUCGAACAGCACCGGGUCGCAACGGCGACGAGUAUGGCGUCAGCGGAGCCAGCUCGCCGGUGGCAGUGUCCUCGUCGCCAACAGCUUCCGAGAGCUCGAGGACCUGGUGGAGGUCGUCGGCGCACACACGACCAAGACAUCACCAGCCGGGUCAUCGUCGGCCCAGGCACGCGCCGAGCACACGAGCGUAGAGGACGACCUCACCACACACGGCACCGACGUCGACUCGGCCGACGAGCAGGGCAGCAGCGAGAGUGAGCGGCGCAGCACCGAGGGCGAGAUGACCGCCGAGGAUGGACCCUUCCCGCGGCGGCACGUCGAGGUCACGGCGGCGGAGAUGGCGGAGCUCAGGGCCGGAUACGAGAAGGGCCACGCGUUCGUGGUGUGCGUGCUGACCCGCACGCGCAGUGGCAGGCAGGACGAGGAGAGCGAAAGCGAAAGCGACGUCAGCUCGGAAGGCGAAGACGAGGCGAGAGAACGCCAGAAGCGAAUUGCAGACAAAGCGCAUCUGAUGGACCCCUCGCGGGCAAUGGCUGAGUCGACGAGUGCCAUCGAGUCGAAGGAGCACAGUAUGCCCGAGGCGGUGGAGAAUGACGCGGAGAAGGAGAUGUCGUACCAGCAAGUGGAAGGCAACGACAACGAAAACGACGAAGAGCUGGAGGAGGAGAAGGGUGUCAGUGUCCAGAAGGAGGAGGAAUCACUCGAACUGCGACGAAGGCUGUUUGUCGGCGACUCGACGACGACGACGAAGGAAAUCGACUUGGAGGGUCAGAUCGAGCAGAAGAUACGCGAACGAAUAGAGUGCGAGAGGCUGCGACGCAGCGACACCCACUCGACGCCCUCGUCCCCGUACUCGCUCACGCAUUCGUCAUCUUCGCUCAACGCAUCGCACUCGUCUGUGGCCCUCACGCUGGACGGCGACGACGCCGAGGACAGUGAGGUCGCCGGAUCGGCCUUCGUCUCGCCGCUGCUGUCGCCCACGCCCGGUCUCAGUCUCUCGCCCUCGCCCGACCCCGAACGGGAUCAGCUCAACCAACAAAUCCUCGCGGCCUUGACAUCGAAGGAUGACGAGCUGGAUGAAGACGAACUGCGGCUCCUUGAUAUGCGGCGUGCCCACAGCAACGAUGGCGAGGACGAUCAUGGAUUCUCGCUCACUUCGCCGCAGCCCAAAGCGUUUGCCCAGAACCUGGAGAAGAUCUAUAGCUCGCUUGAACAGGUGGACGCUGAGGUACUGUUCCCCGAACAGCAGCGACUCGCUAUGAUUGAUUACGAGAACCGGAUCAAGCAAGGCGUGGAGCGACGAGCCAAGGAGCGGGAGGAACGACUGAACUCGAUCAUGGCCGGGUACAAGCGGGUUCUCGGCAUGGAGGAACCGGCUGUGGAGGAAGAGAAGCAGGCGGAAGACCAUCCGGACGACGCCAUCAAAAGCGAAGAGAAGCCCCCAGACGCUGAUAACGAGGAUGAAGAAGUGCUCGACAAAGGUGACGUGCAUCCGCUCAGCCAAGAGGAAGAGGUGGAAGCGGUUGGUGGAACACAGGGAGAAGUUGGAGCAAAGACUGAUGGAAAGGAAGUGGGCGGCCAAGAGGAGGAAGAGAAGAGCAGGCGGCUGUGGUUCGAGGACAUAGCAGACGACCAGCAGAAGGCGCGAGAGCUGAUCGACAAGAGAAAGUCGGAGCGGAAAAAGCGACGCAAGAGCAAGCUGCGGAAGAGGAAGGGCCACUCGGUUCACUCCAAGGAGGAAGUGUUAGUCGAUUACAACGGCAGUGGCGGCAACAAGGUGGUGGUCCUCCUCGCCUUCAAGCAUCCAACAACACGCGACGGCCGACUCUUCAUCCCGCUCUCGCGUCUCGAUCCUCCGACCGGUGGCGGCGAGAAUGUGAUGACGGCACCAUUCAGGUCAACAAACAGCCGCGGGGAGCGAAACGGGAGCGAAGUGGGAAGCCUCGAGGGGACAAUGGAGAGCGGGGAGAGGCGAAGCGCUGCUUCGAAGCGGACGACAACGAUCUAUUCUGUAAAUACGGAGGAGGCAGCCGGCGCCUCCCUUGACGAGGUCUACGCAUCCUACUAUUCCCGCAUGCGAAAAGGCCGAAAGAAGGCCGAGGAGGCCGUACACGAGAAAAACCGAAACUUGACGGAAACGGAAGAGUUGGCCUGGCACCACCUGGCCAACUUGCUCGUCCUCUACGAACGAAAGGUGAUAUCGAAACAGGAGUACGAGCUACGACGCUCGUUGAUCGCCGGCUCGUUCAGCUCCACGCGGCUAGCUGCUCCCGGACCCCUGCCGGCCUCAACGCUCUCGUCGCCGCUCUUAGUCCCUCUUCAACAUAGCGACGAUGACGACGAGGACGACAUGGAAGAGGAGAACGCCAAGCCCACGCAUGGCCUACCGCCCACAUUCUGGAGCCAGCUGCGCCUGGAAAGGCUAGAGGAAGCCCGAUUUCCCGUCAAGCUGGCUUCUGUAUAUGAGUUGCGAAAGAGCCAGAUCGACGGAUCGAAACCACAAACAGAUAUUUAUUGGCUGAUCUCGGAAGCGAGCGCUGCGCUCUUGCGACUGUCCAAGGAGAGUAGCAAGCAGAUGAAGCCGCCCCGCGACAGUGCCGCGGGCCGUGCGGCGGUGGAGAGGCAGGAGGAGACCUAUCGCCGCAUCAUCAAGGCACACCCGCGCCAUCCCUUCGCGCUGUAUGGCUACGCACGCUUCCUGUCGAACGUGCGAAAGGACGACCGACAGGCCGACCAGUACUUCCAGCUGGCCCUGAAGGCCAGCCCGUUCAACCCCGAGGUGUUGGCCACCUACGCCCACUUUCUCGAACGGCGCCAGCGCGACUUAGACAAGGCGCAUCGGUUCUACAAGCGCGCCUACUUCGUCGACCGACGCAACGCUGACGUCGUGGGUGCCUAUGCCAUAUUCCAACAUCGCAUGUUGCGCAACUAUAAGGAGGCCGAGAGGCUCUUCAAGCAGGCGUUGGAGCUUGAUAAGGAGAACGUCAAUCUGGUGGGCUACUACGCCAUGUUCCUGCAGAAGGCGAAGAAGGAUCUAAGCGGAAGCGAGCUCUAUUAUCGCAAGGCGUUGGACCUUGCGCGAGGGCGGAAGAACUUGCACGGCUUCUGGAAGGCCAGGCUGAAGGAGCUCCGGGUGGAGAUGAAGGAGGCCCGAGACCGAGAGUUCCCACCGCGAAGUCGCUCCCUCUCGUGGCAAAAGCGCCCCGGCUCGACGGGCGAGCUCACGAGCGGGAGUGAGGGUAGCUCGUGUGAAGAUGAACAGCAGAGCCACAGCGGUGGAUCAGCAGGUCGGCGUGGCCGCAGCCAGUCGGACCGCUCAACUGGGAGCGCUGCAGCCAGCGAGAAGGAACAGCUUAUCUCGCUCCAGGACAAGACAGCCAUGGAGCAGUUCCUGGCCGAGCUCUUUGCUCAAGACGAGCGCGCGGAGCGCGCACGACUCGAGGGCAAGCCCGUCAUCCGAGAGGACAAGGCGGGAGUGGAACUCACGGCGUCGUUGCUGCGGCGGGACAUGGGACGCUCGGUAUUUUGUCGCGUGCUCAACCAGCAGCGGGCCAAGAGAAUGCGCUUGGGCGAAGUUACGUUCGGCACGCUGUGCAAGCUGGUGAGAGUGGGCUUGGAGGAAUGCAACGCCGCCAGAGACUUUAGUUCAGCCAGGGCCCUCAUGCACAUGGCCUCCACCUUCUACUUCGCCCCCGCACCAGGAAGUCACUCGGCAUCGCCGCUCGCCUCCUCGCAAAGCUGGAGUGGAUCCAAGAAGGACGUACUUUAUCUGCGACAGCGAGUGGAGGACGCGCCCAUCUGGAAGAACAACAGCUUUUGGAAGUACAUGUUCACUGAGCUGGUGUGCAAGGAAAGAGCGAAGGUGCAGAAGGUCUUGGCGCCUGUUGAGCCCAGCCCAUCGCUCAUGUCUCCGCGAAGACUCUUGGGCAAGACCACGCCCGCCGCCCAACCAGCCUUGCUUGACGACUCACGGGAAGUGAUCGGUCUGCUGGCCAGUUUCGGUAUGUACUCACAGAAAGCGGACGUGUAUCGGGUGGGUGGCUGA